CCAGGCCGCCGACACGCCGUGAGUUGCCACGCACCGCGAGGGAUAGAAACGCCGGGACUGAUAACUCGUGUAUCCAGAUCCGUAAAUAAACCGGCCACUUCUUUUUUUUACGGUGCCCUCCGGUGCCCCGCACGCUGCUGGAAAGACUCGGGCGCGGGUGUGGUCGCGCGCUCCCGGCGCUCAUAGGCGGGCGUUCGUUCGUUCGGUCGGUGGGUCGGUCGGUCGCACGUUCGACCGAGUGUCAUCGUCAGCACCGUCGAAUCGCGCGCACGGCGUGCGUCGUCGACUCGUUCGGACGUACCGUCGAUGGUACCGACGGCGGCGGAUGUACGGUGAGCGUCAACCCGCGUCGGCCGACUUCGCCAUCAGGCUGCCGCCAAGCGGGGAAGAGGUCUGUCUCGCGUGCCAGCACACAUCAAUGGUUCAGCUGGGAUGCCGGCCAUGGAAUCUCAGUCUGACGAGCGUGAUCAUCCUGGCGCUGUCGAACAUGCUGCUGACGUUCCUGCUGCUGCAGUCGGAGACCUGCGCGCCGGACCCGAUACCGCGGGAAGUGGAGGUGAGCGCCGUCACCGAGUGGAAUCUCGGCAGCCUCGUCAAGGAGCAACAGCCGGAGUGCAUCACGCAGGAUUACCAACCGACGUCACCUGACGCGAACAGUCUCAAACUGGACAUUAAACUCGGGAGAUGGGACGCGCGACGGAUAUUCCGGACCUUCGAUUCGGUACUGGUCGGCAAUAGAUUCACCGAGUUGUCGCAGACUUACCGGGUCUGCCUGGCCACUCAGAGUUCCAUGGAGAAGCUGCACUCGCUGGUGCAAGUCGCCCUGCACUGGACCGGACCGAUGUCGGUGGCGCUCUACGCGGCCGGUGACGAGGAGUUUGAAGUGCUGCAGCGAUACCUGGUUUACCUAAGGCGAUGCUACGAGGCCAUCAGGGAAAGGGUAGUCUUCUCUUUAGCCGUGCCGAAAACGAGACCACCCAAGAAGCAGCCGCGUGUGUUCGAACUGCCGGAGAUCGUCGACUGUGCCAAGCCGGAGGCCACCUUGAACGAAUUCGCAGGUCACAUAUCCAGCGAGCAGACCAACUGGAGGAUACGGAACGUUUAUCCGCAAAAUCACAUGCGAAAUUUGGCGCGCAAGAACUGCCAGACGGAAUACGUGUUCCUGACGGAUGUGGACAUCGUGCCGAGCUUCAAUCUUACGGUCGCGCUCGACGACUUUCUCAGGAGCGACAACUGUGAUAAGUGCGCCUACGUUAUACCCACGUACGAAUUGGACGCACGAGUGCGGUUCCCCCCGAAUAAGACCGAGCUGGUCAGACUGGCCAGGAAAGGCUUGGCUAGGCCUUUUCACCAGAAGGUCUUCAUACACAAUCAGUUCGCCACGAAUUUCACAAGGUGGCUGCAGGACGUGUUACCGAACCAUAAAUAUCAUGAAAACGUGAAGACCGGCAAGGUCUACGUUAGCCACGACGUGACGAAUUUCGAAUUUCUUUACGAGCCGUUUUACGUGGCGAAGGAUAUCGUGCCGUCGCACGAUGAGAGGUUUAUGGGAUACGGAUAUACGAGGAACACUCAG